AUGUGGAAAACUAACAUAUACAUGAGAGCAUACAUAAAUUCCUUCCAUGGCAAGUUGACUGGUGGCCCCCAAAAGAUAUGUACUAACUCCCAGAAACUGUGAGUGUGACCUUAUGUGGAAAAAGGCUCUUUGCUGAUGUAAAUAAGUUAAUGACCUCACUAUGAGAUCAUCUGGGAUUAUCUGGAUGUCCCUAGGAUCCUGCCCCAAAUCCAAUGACAAGUUUCCUUAUAAGAGAGAGGAAGAGGAGGCCAUGUGACCACAGUGGCAGAAACUGGAGGAUACGGCCAAGGAAGCCAAGGAUUGCCAGCAGCCACUAGAAGCUGGAAGAGGCGAGGAAAGAUUCUCCCCUGGAGCCUGCAGAAAGAGCCCGGCCCUGCUGACGCCUCGAUUUCAGACUUCUGACCUUCAGAACCAUAUUGAUCAUCUUUCUGAAGUAGAAUCUCCAUGGCCUGAAUGUUUUCUGAAAAACAUUUGUAGCAAAAUAUCUGUUUAAUAGCAAGAUAACCACAUCAAGAUGGUUGGAAAACUGAAGCAGAACUUACUAUUGGCAUGUCUGGUGAUUAGUUCUGUGACUGUAUUUUACUUGGGCCAACACGCCAUGGAAUGCCAUCACCGAAUAGAAGAACGUAGCCAGCCCCUCAAAUUGGAGAACACAAAGACCACUGUGCGAACUGGCCUGGACAUCAAAGCCAAUAAAACCUUUGCCUAUCACAAAGAUAUGCCUUUAAUAUUUAUUGGAGGUGUGCCUCGGAGUGGAACCACACUCAUGAGGGCCAUGCUAGAUGCACACCCUGAUAUUCGCUGUGGAGAGGAAACCAGGGUCAUUCCUCGAAUCCUGGCUCUGAAGCAGAUAUGGUCACGGUCGAGUAAAGAGAAAAUACGCUUGGAUGAGGCUGGUGUCACCGAUGAAGUGCUGGAUUCUGCCAUGCAGGCCUUCUUACUAGAAAUCAUUGUUAAGCAUGGGGAGCCAGCCCCUUAUUUAUGUAAUAAAGAUCCUUUUGCCCUGAAAUCCUUAACUUACCUUGCUAGGUUAUUCCCCAAUGCCAAAUUUCUCCUGAUGGUCCGAGAUGGCCGGGCAUCAGUACAUUCAAUGAUUUCUCGAAAAGUUACAAUUGCUGGAUUUGACCUGAACAGCUAUAGGGACUGUUUGACCAAGUGGAAUCGUGCCAUAGAGACCAUGUAUAACCAGUGUAUGGAGGUUGGCUAUAAAAAAUGCAUGUUAGUUCACUAUGAGCAACUUGUCUUACAUCCUGAACGGUGGAUGAGAACACUCUUAAAGUUCCUCCAAAUUCCUUGGAACCACUCAGUAUUACACCAUGAAGAGAUGAUUGGGAAAGCUGGGGGAGUAUCUCUGUCAAAAGUGGAGAGAUCUACAGACCAAGUCAUCAAGCCAGUCAAUGUGGGAGCUCUAUCAAAAUGGGUUGGGAAGAUACCUCCAGAUGUUUUACAAGACAUGGCAGUGAUUGCACCCAUGCUUGCCAAACUUGGAUAUGACCCGUAUGCCAAUCCACCUAACUAUGGAAAACCUGAUCCCAAAAUCCUUGAAAACACUAGAAGGGUCUAUAAAGGAGAAUUUCAGCUACCUGAAUUUCUUAAAGGAAAACCUCAGACUGAGCAAGUGGAAUAGCAGAGCCAGGAACCUCUUGCAUACUUGAGGGAAGACUGCUGCCUUUUCAGCAGCAGAGAAGUUUCUAGGACUGGCUGUUUCUAGGACUGGCUGUCCCCUGCUGAGAUCAGUGGAGUAUAUGUACCAUGGCCCGAAUCUCCUUCUCAUUUGCCAGUCUCCUCCCACUGAGAGGGUGGGAUGUCAGCACACAUUCGGACCCUCCUGAGUGACCUGCUUCUUCCCGAGUACAGUGCUCUUGAUCCUGAUUACGGGCACGGCCCUGUGGAGAAGGAGCCCAGAGAGGAUGUGUGCUUUCUCUUAAAACUGCUCUGGUCCUCAUCUUUUCUUACCAGAUUACAAACUUUGUUUUCAAGGGGAGGGUUUAAAGAUGGGAUUCUGUCAGCAAAAUUGGGCAGUUUCAUCUUGGAAUAGGUUGUCUGUACAUGUUCUAAUGUUUUGUAGAACACUUGUACCUGUUUAAAUGUAUUGAUGUGGAUAAUAUUAAAUAUCUUAAUUAUUUAAAUAAUUCAUUGUAUUGUUUCUGAGAAGUUGAGGAAUUACCACAUACAUUUACAACUUGAUGACUUUUGUAUUUUAUUUUUC